CCGCUUGCACGCAGCUGCCGUGCCACGCGUGAACACCAACGCGACGCGUCCGAGCACAACGUUACAAGCACACGCGCGCGGGGCACAGGCAUCGAAACCCGCGCGGGCCCGCGGAGACACACGGCCGGAACGGGGACACCCUCGUGCGCGCAGGCACGCGCAGAAACACGCACGUCAACACCCACGUGAAAACGCACACGAGCACCCCAGCGAGCAGAAGCCGACGUGAACGCACACGCACGGACACGGGCACGCACGCCAGCGCACGCGCGCAGACCCACAAGAUGCCACCGUCCCUCCCUGCCACCAUCAACAUCCGGGAGCCCCGCUGGGACCAGAGCACCUUCCAGGGCCGGGCCAAGCACUUCUUCAUGGUGACCGACCCCCGAAACCUGCUGCUUUCGGGGGCCACGCUGGAGGAGGCCCGCCGGGUGGUGGAGGACUACAGGGCGGGCACGGUACCCCCGGGUCUAACGGAGGACCAGCUCUGGCGGGCGAAGUACAUCUACGACUCGGCUUUCCACCCCGACACGGGCGAGAAGAUGCUCCUCAUAGGGCGCAUGUCUGCCCAGGUGCCCAUGAACAUGACCAUCACCGGUUGCAUGUUGACCUUCUACAGGACCACGCCGGCCGUGCUGUUCUGGCAGUGGGUCAACCAGUCCUUCAACGCCAUCGUCAACUACACCAACCGCAGUGGGGAUGCACCCAUCACCCCCAGCCAGCUGGGGACAGCCUAUGUGAGUGCGACCACAGGGGCAGUUGUCACAGCACUGGGGCUCAAAUCUCUCACCAAGCACUUGCCAGCCCUCAUCGGCCGGUACGUGCCUUUUGCGGCUGUGGCUGCUGCCAACUGCAUCAACAUCCCGCUGAUGAGGCAGAGAGAGCUCAAGCUGGGGAUCCCCGUCACGGAUGAGAACGGGAACCGCCUGGGCGAGUCCACGGCUGCAGCCCAGAAGGCCAUUUUCCAGGUGGUGGUGUCCCGCAUCGGCAUGGCAGCCCCGGCCAUGGCCAUCCCCCCGGUGAUCAUGAAUGCGCUGGAGAAGAGAGCUUUUCUGAAGCGGUACCCGUAUCUGAACGCUCCUCUGCAGGUCGGCCUGGUGGGACUCUGCUUGGUGUUCGCAACCCCGCUGUGCUGCGCGCUCUUCCCACAGAAGAGCUCGAUGCCUGUGAGCCGCCUGGAGCCUGAAGUCCAAGCUCAGAUCCGGGAGAAAGACCCACGGCUGGAGACCGUCUACUUCAACAAAGGGCUCUGAACAGGGGGCCCGAGGGGCCCGGGGUGGCUGAGACGCGUGCCACAGAGCCGCUGGGCUGAUGCAUCGCUGAGCUUCGCCCCUCGGAGCCCCUUGGGGCCACUGCCGCUUUCCCUUGGCCAUCGCGUGUCUGUAGGUACCACUGUGCCGAACCCCAUCCCCGUGCCCGGGCUCAGUCCCGCUCUGGGGACCUCCUGGCUGGUACCCCUGUGUGUUUCUCCUUUGCUCACCCUGUGUGUGCCCGUAGCUGUGUGCAGUGCACGGGGGAGCGUGGGCAGCAGCACCAGGGACCUUGCGAGCAGGGGUGUGGGGUGGGGAAGAAAAUGGUGCUCCCCCCAGCUUUAGGAGGCAGCGGACAAUCGUGGCGAUUGAGGGUUAGAACCCCUUUGCAGGCACUCCACGUUCCCCAGCGGUUCAGCAGCUGGUGGUGCCUGGGCAUGGCAGAGCAGCUUUUGGAGACGAAAACUCCCCAAACCCAAAAGAGCCAUGGGUGAGUGAUUUCAAGCACACACAGUGGCUCGAACCCAGGGGGGGCUCUCCCAGCCCAGGCAUGUGCUUUCAGCUCACCCUCUGCUCUCCGCUGGGCUGCUCUGAGGAUUUAAUCUGGCUUUCUGCUCCUUCCAUACCCAGAGCAAAUGGCGCAUUUUAAUCCCAGCAGAGAGUCCACAUUUUUGUUCUCAUUUUAAUGCCAACUCUGUUCAGGGCUGGGCUCCCCCUGAGGGGUCAUUCUACCCCUUCCUGGAGUGCUUGCUUUCAGGUGGACCUUCUCAAAUAGCUUUAAGUGCACUGUGGUUUCCUCUAGUUAUUUUUGAUAUACAUAUAAUGUACCUAUAUAUACCAAAUAAUAAAGGCAGGUUGUUUAUACAAAACCAAAAGCAAA